CGGUGGAAGCUACGAAGAAGAGGACGGCAUGUUUCCGGGCUCCUCGUUGACUCGAGACAGGCGCCCUUUUUUUCUAUCCUUUUUUCCACUUCUCGAAGCUCACAUUUGAAAGUAAUUAAACGCCAUGGCUCGGUACAUGCGCCCACCGAACUCGUCCUUGUUCGUCAGAAACAUCUCCGACGAGUCCAGGCCUGAGGAUUUGCGGCGUGAGUUUGGCCGUUAUGGGCCAGUAGUAGAUGUCUACAUCCCGCUUGACUUCUAUACACGUCAACCAAGAGGAUUUGCAUACAUUCAGUUUGAGGAUGUGCGCGACGCCGAGGACGCCCUUCACAGCCUGGACAGGAAGUGGGUGUGCGGCCGCCAGAUCGAGAUCCAGUUCGCCCAGGGAGACCGCAAGACGCCCAAUCAGAUGAAAACGAAGGAGCGGCGCUCUCCGUCGCGCUCGUCCCGCUACGACGACGACUACGAGCGCGACGGCCGGCGCAGACGCUCGCGCAGCCGCAGCUACGAGCGCCGCCGCUCGCACAGCCCGUCGGACGACCGCCGCCGCCGGCGCUCGGAGAGCCCCCGAGAAUCUCGCGGACGCCAGCACGGACGCGGGGGAAGCCGCGGCCGCGACGAGGACAGACACCGCCAGAGGCCUCGCAGGGAGUCUCGCGGGCGGUCCCCCUCCCGAUCGGGGUCGCCGCCCAAGCCGGCGUCCGCCUCCCACUACGCCGAGGGAGACGCACAGCAGCAACGUUCGCCGUCCCGCUCGCAGUCCCGUUCGAUGUCGAGGUCUCGCUCGCGAUCGCGCUCCUGGACGGGACGCAAGUCGGGAGGACGCUGAGCCGGACGGGGGGGGUCCGACGGGCGGCUUGCGCUUUGGACUGGCGUGUGUGGCCAAGGACUUUUUUUUUUUUUUUUUAAACUUGUUUUUCUAAGUUCUACGGUUUUUGUUUUUUUUGUUUGUAUUUUAAAAGUCCACUCAGCUGAUUUGAAAAGACUUCAGAGGACUUGACGUGUCAGGACCUGUGAAGGUUUUGGCAAUAUUUUGGAUCAGCAAAUUUGAUCGUGUUCUUUUUUUUUUCAUGCAUGUCGGGUCUUUGGCAUCUGUCGGAUGAAGCGAUUAUUUUCAGUAAUAAAGUGUCCCUGAAAGGAAACUUUA